GCCCAGCAAACUCAGACGGCGACACCCCCUGCCACACCAACUGAGGCUCACCAGUGGAGAUGUCGAUGAGUUCUCCAACGUGCUUCCAUCGGCGCGCCAUUGUCGUGCUCUUGUGCAUGGCGAUGGCAUGCCUAGGCGUGUCGAACGACACCAAAAUCGUGACGGUGUUCAACAACGGUGAGUCUGUCGGCGGGAUUCAAGUGCCCUUGACUUUCCGAGAUGUACCCACGGGCAAACACCUCGCCGAGUACCUGUCGACGCUCCUGGACGUGGAAGGAAUGUACACUGACGAGACGAAGACGUCAUCGAAGGCAGUGGCCGAUCGAGUAUAUACGUCCACGGGCAAGGCGGUCCACUCGUUCGACGAUAUCGUUCCCAACGAUUCGCUGUACAUUGUACCGACAGGGUUGCUGUUCGUGUGGCCAUUCAUUGAGUUUGGCCACCGCGUCGCUUUGCAGUCGUCGCAAUCGCCUACUGGAAAGCCCAUCAUCCUGGAAUCCUUCAACGACUCGCCGCGGGUGUUCCUCAUCCACGAUUUCUUCACAGACAAAGAAGCCGAUCGAUUGAUCGAACGCAUUUCCGAGAUCGAUGAUGAUGCAAAUAAGCUCAAGCGGUCCACGGUUGGCCACGACGACAAGGGAACUCAGUCGUCGGUCCGCACAAGUGAGAACGCAUUCGAUUCCACGUCGCCGGAAGCGAUUUCGCUCAUGAAGAGGUCCUUUGAUUUGCUCAACAUUGGCGAUUACCAAGAAUCGAUGGCGGACGGGCUCCAGUUGCUCCGAUACAAGCAAAAGCAAGCGUACAUACCACACAACGACUGGUUUGAACUGAACACAACACCUGACUUCAAUUGGGAACCCAAAGCGGGCGGGACCAACCGAUUUGCCACGGUGUUCCUGUACCUGUCAAACGUGACCCGGGGAGGGCAAACGGUGUUUCCGCUGGCCAACAUGCCGCCGGGGGUCACCCAUGCCACGCCUCCGACCGACGAAGAAAUGGAGUUGUUCGAAAAGGGGUCGUGGGAGUACAGAAUGGUCAAGCAAUGCUACUCAAAACUGGCGUCGUAUCCCCGCAAGACAGCGUCCGUGUUGUUUUACCAUCAAAAAGGGACUGGCGACAUGGAUGUUCGUGCUGAACAUGGUGGAUGCCCCGUACUUGAAGGCACGAAAUGGGCAGCGAAUUUGUGGGUAUGGAACCGCGACCGCAACGGCCCGGAAGGGUCUGCCUUGACAGUCGACUUUGUCAACACUCGCGACCAUCCUGUCGGAUUAUUUUGGUCCGAUAGCCACAUGACGGACCUCAAACCUGGACAAAAGAUCAACUAUAACUCGUUUGGCAAGCACACCUGGACAUUUCGUGAUGCCGACGGAAACGAUUUGUACACGCACACGCUCAACUAUAAGGAUGGCCCUGUACAAGUCAUCAAGAUCCCACCGACCACGAACAUCGACGAACUGUCCGCCCCUGCCGUGCCCGAUGAGUUGUAGUGGGGUUGCUGCUUUACAACCAUGUCUACAUGGCUUCGAUGGUUGCAUGCUCCCCAUUGCACAAGAUCUACCUUUUUCAAAAACGUUGUAUAUGCACACGUGAAAAGUCUAUCUGUCGAGGAGGCCGCGCGAUGAAUCCUCGGCAAGACGUAGGGCGUCGUACAAUGACAGGAUAUAGCAAAUCGUGCACGAUCUUUGGUAAUGUGCGCAGCCCAACUCUGGCAUUCGCCGUCAGGUGCUGCCAUCGACGCGACUGCUUGCUCUCAGUCGUCACCCGCAUCAACGUCAUCAAGAAAUGCAUUGUUGAGCGUAAUGACGAUCGAUAGCUUAGUGUAUUCUUAUAUUUAAUCGAGCUACGAUGGCCCGCUCUAUCGCGCA